AUGUCAAAAUUGUGGAUUUUGGUGGUGGUUUUGACGGUGAUUUCGAGCGGUUUUGUUAGCAGUGAGGUAGGUCAAAUUUCGGAGGGGUUAGAGACGCAGAGAAGCUAGACAGCUAGAGAACAAGGUUGCUAGGAGAGAGGGGGUAGAGAAACUAAACAGCUAGAGAACGUGAAGAUGCUAGAGACGCAGAGAAGCUAGACAGUUAGAGAUCAAGGUUGUUAGGAGAGAAGGGGUAGAGACACAGAUAAAGUAGACAGUUAGAGAGUGUGGGGAUGUUAGAGAGGUAGAGAGGGUAGACAGCUUAGAGAACAAAGUUUCUAGGAGAAAGGGGGUAGAGAAGCUAGAGAACACCCUUUCUGGAGAGGGAAGAUAGAGACGCAGGGAAAUCUGAUGGUUAGAGAUGUUAGAGUGCUAGACAGCUAGAGAGCAAGAUUUCUAGAAGAGAGAGUUAGAGACGCAGAGAAACUAGACAUCUAGAGAACACGAAAGUGUUAGAUACGCAGGUUAGACAGUUAGACAGCUAGAGAUCAUGUUUUUUGAGAGACGCAGACAGCUAGAGACUACAGUGUAGCCAAGAUCAGUUGGACAUUAGUGUAACUUGAGAGACGCAGAGAAACCAGACAUAUUAGAUAUCCACAUUUUCUUGAGAGACGCAGACAUCACGUGGCGCCGAAAUCAAAAAUUGUUUUCUGAUUGAUUUGGAUGAUUGAUUGACUUACACCGUGAUUCAAUUAACACUGAUAGGAUUUUUUUUGUUGUUUUCGUUAUCAAAUUUUCGACUAUGACGUGGUUUUUGUGAAGAUCGGGAUCAACUUGUUUGCAGGGGCUCAAAAGGGCUGAAAUUUGCGAGUUUUUGGGCUGAAAAUGAGCAAAAAUUUGCUGAAAAUCUCGAAUUUUUGACCUAAACACAGCUCAAAACUUACAGGAACUCGUCAUUCACACAGUCCGUUUGCGCUCCAAAAAUCCGACGGAAAAUGCGCAAUGCGAGCCGGCGAAACCCUGCAAACCCGGAGUGAUUUUGCCAGUUUGGCAACCGUCGGUAGGUCAAAAAAUCCAAAAUUUUGGCGCCAAAAUUUUGAUCGCCACGUGGCAUGAAAUUUUAAGAAUUUACCCAUUUUUUGAUGAAAAAUUUUUGAAACAGUGGAAUUUUUUGCUCAAAAAAUGACAAUUUAAAAUCCAGAAAAUUUCACUGUUUCAAAAGUUCGACAAAUUUUUCAUGAUUUUCUCGGAAAAAUGAUUUUACAAUUUUUUUGGUUUUUGAAAAUUCGUGUCAAAUUUUUCAGAAAAUUUUAAGAUUGAAUUCUUUCCUAUUUUUGCCACGUGGAUUUUUGAUCUCACAUCAGAAAAAAUUGAUUUUAUCCGAAAACUUGAAAUGGCAGUAUCAAAAAUGUCGAAAAUUCAAAAAUUGUUAUCAAAUUUUUGAAACAGUGCAUUUUUCUUCUUGAAAAAUUUUUGUUUUUUGAUACCAAAAUUUCAUUUCUCACGUGGAACUGGAUUUCUAGCUUUGAGAAAAAUCACAUUUUUAAAUCCAGAAAAAUUCACUGUUUCAAAAAUUUGACAAAUUUUUAUGAUUUUCUCGGAAAAUGAUAUUAUACGCUGGCUUUGUCGAUCGAAACUCCACGUGGCAAAUUUUUUUUCAGAAAAUUUCAAGAUUGAAUUCUUCCCUAUUUUUGCCACGUGGGAUUUUUGAUCUCACAUCAGAAAAAAUUAAUUUUAUCCUAAAAUUGGAUUGAUUAAUCGAAAAAUUCCAAAAAUUCAAGAAUUUUAUCAAAUCUUUGAAACAGUGAAUUUUUCUUCUCGAAAAAUUUUUUUGUUUUCAUUUUCCACAUGGAACUGGGUUUCUAGCAUGGAAAAAAAAUCAGAUUUUCAUAUCCUAAAAAAUUUCACUGUUUCAAAAAUUCGACAAAUUUUUCAUGAUUUUCUCGGAAAAAUGAUUUGCUUCAUUACGUUGUUCGUCAAUAAUCCACGUGGCAAAAUUUUCAGAAAAUUUUAAACUUGAAUUCUUCCCUAUUUUUGCCACGUGGGUUUUGGUUUCAGAAAAACUUAUUUUUUCAGAAAAGUUGUAAUCCCAGUAUCAAAAAUUUCCAGAAAUUCGAAAAUUUUAGGAAAUCUUUGAAACAGUGAAUUUUUCUUCUCGGAAAAUUUUGUUUUUUUUACUCCAAAAUUUCAUUUCUAACGUGGAAGCAUUGAAAAAAAAUCAGAUUUUCAAAUCCAGCAAAAAUUCACUGUUUCAAAAAUUCGAUAAAUUUUGAGGUUUUUUUCGGAAAAAUGAUUGACAUGACUUUGUAGAUCGAAAAUCCACGUGUCCAAAUUUUCAGAAAAUUUUAAAGUUUGAAAUCCUUUCUAUUUUUGCCACGUGGAUUUUCAAAAAAUUGUAAUUCCAGUAUCAAAAAAUUCCAAAAAUUCAAGAAUUUAAUCAAAUUUUUGAAACAGUGAAUUUUUCUUCUUAAAAAAUGUCUUGUUUUUUUACACCGAAAUUUUCAUUUCCCACGUGGAACUGGGUUUCUAGCACCAAAAAAUCAGAUUUUCAAAUCCUGAAAAAUUUACUGUUUCAAAAAUUUGACAAAUUUCGAGGUGUUUCUCUGAAAAUUAUUGUUUACAUGAGAAAAUAAUUCUAAAAAUUUGCGGUAAAAAACUGCGCGGCAAUUUUGGCUACAUUUAUCAAAAAUUCUCAAAACGCUUGAAAAUUUCAUAAUUUUUUUUGAAACAGUGAACUUUUUUUUCCAAAAAUAUUUUUCUUUGCAGGAAAACCUCUCCGAAUGUAAAAUCUACUUCCGAGCAAUUGUCUAUUUGAUCGCAUUGGCUUAUUUCUUCUUCGGAGUUUCGAUUGUUGCUGAUCGAUUUAUGGCUUCAAUUGAAGUUAUCACAUCUCAGACGAAAAGUGUGAAAAUGAAGAAGGUUGGCUGAAAAUUGACUAAACUCUAGAUUUCUUGUACUCACCGUGUAGAGAAUUUCAAGAGCUACAAAAUCAUGUUUAACAGUCCUGGAAAAUCUUGAAAUUUUAAGUGAAAAACCCCUGAAAACUGAAAUAUACCCGAGAAAAAAUGGGGAAAUGUCACUUUUAGACCGAGUUUUUUCUUUCAAAAAAGCGCAAAAUAUAGAUUCCUUGAACUCACCGUGUAGAGAAUUUCAAAAGCUACAAAAUCAUGUAUAUUGGUCCUGUAUAAUCUGAAAAAUACGAUACAAAAAACCCUGAAAACCCGCUUUGUCACAGAAAAAAAAACAAAAAAAACAAAAAUAAAAAAUAAGCCCCGCCCCCUUGCAACACACAACGUGUCAGCGCGCACAACCCGCCAGCCGUCGGUCACACAAUUUAACAAAACCACGCGCGCUUCCAUUGUUUAUCGCUGAACGGCGGUAGCGAAGCUAUGCUCAAAAUUUCGGGGAUUUUGAAAAGCAAACAAAAAUUAUCGAUUUUUUGCAGAUAACCGGUGAACAUUUCACAGUUCUCGUGCGAGUUUGGAAUGAAACUGUUUCCAAUUUGACACUUAUGGCCUUGGGCUCUUCGGCUCCAGAAAUCCUUUUGUCAGUCAUCGAAAUUUUCGGAAAUAAUUUUGAGGCUGGAGAUUUGGGACCAUCGACAAUUGUCGGAUCCGCUGCUUUCAAUUUGUUUAUUAUUAUUGGAGUUUGUAUUUUGGUGAGUUGCGGGAACUUUUGGGGGGGGGGGUGAAAUUUGAUAAAUUUCAUGAUUUUUCGAACUUUUUAACACCAAAUUUAAUGAUUUUUGCUGAAAAUCUGAAAUUUUCAGCCAAAGAUCAAAAGUUCUUUGGUGUGAACUUUUUGUCCUCGAAAAAUUGUGAAAUUUGAAACCUUGUGAAUAAAUAACAUGAAAAUGACAAGAGGGCAAAGUUUUUUUUUUUGAAAAAAAUAAAAAUUCCGAAAAAAUAAUUUGGGGGUGGAAAAUUGUAUGCCACGUGGCAAAAAAUUUCAAUUUUGAAAUUUGAAAAUGGAAUUUUCGCGCCAAAAAAACUUAACUAAAAAAUUCACUGUUUCAAAAAUUUCAUAUUUUGUUUUUCCUUUUUUUUCAGUAAUUCCUGUGAAGUACAUUCCUUAAAAAAUUGCUGAAAUUCAGAUAUUAUCUGAAAAUGUGGGAAAAUUGGAAUUUAGCUGGAAUUUUUGAAAAAUUCACGAAAUUUAGAGUUUUUUGAGUGUAAAAUUGGCUAGGAAUCAAAUUUUUGAACAUUUUUCAAAUAAAAAAUUCACUGUUUCAAAAAUUUCAUAUAAUUUUUCAUACUAUUUUUUGAGAAUUCUUUAUUCAGUCACUUGGUGAAUAGUUCCCUGAAACUUUAAUUUUGUCUGAAAAUAUUCGAAUUUUCGAAAAAUUCAGAAAAUUUGCAGUUUUUUGAGUAUAAAUAUGGUUAAUAAUCAAAUUUUUAAACAUUUUUCAAUUAAAAAAUUUACUGUUUCAAAAAUUUCAUAUAAUUUUUCAUACUAUUUUUUGAGAAUUCUUCUAUUGUGUAUGGAAUAAAUGCCUGAAACUUUAAUUUAGUCUCUUCCGCUUCCCUUCCGCGUCGCUUUCCGCUUCCGCACCCCCUCCCCCUAAUCCCUCAUUCUUCCAGGCCAUCCCACCAGGCGAAGUCCGACGCGUCCAACACAAUGGUGUCUUCUGGGUAACUGUAGCCUGGUCCACCUUUGCAUAUGUUUGGCUCUACCUAAUCCUCGCCGUUUUUUCUCCGGGAGAAGUACAAGUUUGGGAGGGCGUGCUGACCUUCAUUUUCUUCCCACUUACCGUAUUCUCCGCGUAUUUUGCCGAUGCUCAUGCUGGACAAUUUGGACAACGACUUAUUCGAGGACCGUUGAGCUCGUUUUUACACAGGUAGGCUUGCGGGGGCUUAGAAACUUGAAUUUUGACUGAAAAUAUUGAAAUUUUCGGAAAAUUCACAAAAUUUGCAGUUUUUUGAGUGUAAAUAUGGCUAGAAAACCAAGUUUUGGAAAAUUUCCAUUUCUCAAAAAAUUUACUGUUUCAAAAAUUUCAUUUUAUUUUUUUUUUGCACUGUAUUUUUUAGUGAUUUUCUUCAAUUAGACUCAAAAUUAACAAUUUUUGGUAAUACACCGGAUGAGAUCUUGAAAAAUUAUCUGAAAUUCAAAUUUUGUCUGAAAAUAUUGAAAUUUCCGAAAAAUUUGGAAAAUUUGCAGUUUUUUGAGUGUAAAUAUGACUAGGAAUGGACUUUUUUGAGAAUUUUCAACUCCCGAAAAAUUCACUGUUUCAAAAAUUUUAUUUUAUUUUUUGCGCUGUAUUUUCAGCAAUUCUUCGAAACGUUGUUGGGGAAAAAAUGACUGACACUCAAAAUUUGUUUGAAAAUAUUGAAAUUUGGCUUGAAUUUUUGAAAAAUUCACAAAAUUUGGAGUUUUUUAAGGGUAAAUAUGACCAGAAAUCCGAUUUUUGAGAAUUUUUCAAAUUUCAAAAAAUUUCACUGUUUCAAAAAUUUUCUUUUAUAUUUUGCGCUGUAUUUUUUUCAGUUGUUGGUCGUUGCUAUAAUUUUUCAAUGAAUUCCAAUCAAACUCUGAUUUUCCCACAUUUUCAGAUAAAUUUUGAAUUUCAGAAAUUUUUAUUGCGUACCUAAAAUAUGUAUGCAUUACUGAAAAAAAGAGAGCAAACAAAAUAUGAAAUUUUUGAAACAGUGAAUUUUUUAUAUUCAAAAAACUGCAAAUUUUCAGAAUUUUUCAAAAAUUUCUAUAUUUUCAGACAAAAUUUAAGUUUCAGAGAUUAAGUCUAUCGCAGAAUUCUUAAAAAUAGUAUGAAAAAUUAUCUGAAAUUUUUGAAACAGUGAAUUAUUUCUGGUGAAAAAAUUAAAUUCCUAGUCAUAUUUACACUCAAAAAACCCGAAAUUUCGUGAAUUUUUCAAAAAUUCCAGCCAAAUUCUAUUUUUCCCACAUUUUCAGAUAAAAUCUGAAUUUCAAAAAUUUUUCAUUUUAAGUAAACUAAAAUAAACUCCUGAAAAAACAGGGAAAACAAAAUAUGAAAUUUUUGAAACAGUGAAUUUUUCAGUCAUAUUCAUAUUCAAAAAACUGCAAAUUUUCUGAAUUUUUCAAAAAUUCCAAUAUUUUCAGACAAAAUUUGAGUUUCAGCCAUUUAUUUAAAAAGGAACUGUUUGAAGAAUUCUUAAAAAUAGUAUGAAAAAUUAUAUGAAAUUUUUGAAACAGUGAAUUUUUCUGCACAAAAUUUGGCCGAGCGCUCUGCGCGAGUGUAAACCGCAAGCUUCCGCGCGGAAGCUUCCGGAAGUCCCCACUCAUCCAAUAUUCCCUAUUUUUUCACAGGAGCCCCCGCCGCUCGCCGUCCAAAAAAUUGGACCGAAACCUCGAGACGGGCCUCCCUCAACACACUGAAAGUGAGCAUCGCGAAUCCCUGAUCGGCCAAGAAAACGAUGCGUUGGCUUUCGAGAUUCACCGCAAACACUAUCUGGAGAUUUUCAAAAAAUUGAGAAGCGAACAUCCGGAUGCGCCGGUGGAUGAGCUCGAAAAACAUGCGAUGGAAAAAGUGGUGGGAGAGCAGAAGAAGUCGAGAGCGUUUUAUCGAAUUCAGACGACGCGGAAAAUGAUUGGAUCUGGUGAGUGGGCGAUGCGGAAUUUUCCGGACACGCGUAAAGCCUAGGGAUGUACACUCGCUCCGCUCGGGCCGCUUGCGCGGAAGAAUCCGGAGCGCUUCGCGCAAAUUUCCACGUGGCUUUUUUAAUGCUCAACAUGAGUAAAACAUAUUAAAUUCACAGAAAAAUUCAAAAAUUUAUCAAAUUUUUGAAACAGCAAAUUUUUUUUUGAGUUUGAAAAUCAGAAUUUUCACAUCAAAAAUUUUUUUUUACAAAAAAAUUUGUUUAAAUUAAUUUUUUCGCGUGAAAAAUUCCACGUCAAUUCUGAAAAAUUGAAUUCAGCUUCUGAUUCUUAGGCUGAAAAUUUUUAAAAUUCUGAAUAAAAAAUCCACGUGGCUUUUUUGUUAAUUUUCAAAUUACGUUUUUUUCCGUCAAUUCAAAAGAUAACUAAUUUCACAGAAAAAUUCGAAAAAAAAUUAUCAAAUUUUUGAAACAGUAAAUUUUUGUGAAUUUAAAUAAUUUGAAAAUCACAUUUUUUCGCUCCCAAAAAAAUUUGUAAAAUUAAUUUUUCGCGUGUAAAAAUUCCACGUCUCAAAAAUUUCAUUUCUCAAUUUUUUGUUUUGCUCAAAAAUGUGAGUUUUUUUUCUCAAAAUCUGGAAUGUUCUUGAGCUAUGACGUGGCAAUUCUGAUUUUUUUUUUAGAAAAUCUAUAAAAAUCAUCUGUGACGUGGCAAAUAUGAUUCUACAAAUUCUGAAAAAUUGAUUUCAGCUUUUGAUUUUUUAUAGAAAAAAUUACGCAGAACAACUAAUUUCACAGAAAAAUUCGAAAAAAUUAUUAAAUUUUUGAAACAGUAAAUUUUUUUGUAUUUGAAUAAAGUUGAAAAUCAGAUUUUCACAUUUUUUCUGAUGAAAAUUCAUCAAAUUUUUGAAACAGCAAUAUUUUGUAAAUUUGAAAAUCAUAUUUUUUUUCCAAAAUUCUGUGCCACGUGGCAUUUUUGGGGCGAUAAUUAUUCAGAAUUUCAAUUUUUUUGAAAAUUCAUACUGUAGAUCAAAUUGUGGCUAGAGUACUGUAGGUUUUUUGGGCCCAAAAACCUAUUAUAUUUGAAUCUAUUUUCAGCUGAGGUACUGUAGGUUAGAUAGAUUACUGUAGUAGAAUUUAAGAUUUAUAAACAACUUUCAGCGCCAAAAAUAUUUGAUCUACAAAAAAAUUUCGAAAAAUUUCGAAAAAAAAAUUAUUUUUCACGUGACUUUCACGCCAAAAAUUUUAUUUUAGGAAUUUUUUUUUCAUUUUCCGGAAAAAAAAAUCAGAUUUUUCUAAAGAAACCUCAAUUUUUGCAGGCGACAUCCAAAAAAAGAUGAAAAAAGGUUCGAAAGAUGCGCAAGCCUCAGAGCACCUCGUCAAAAAGCAAAACACCGCCGUAGUCGAAUUCGACCCGCCACAUUAUACAGUACUCGAAAAUUGUGGUGACGUCAUUUUGACAGUGAAAUGUGACAGAGGAAGUUGUCCCGACGACACUACGAUUACGGUGCAUUAUCGAACGAUAGCAGAUACUGCGCAGGAAAAUGAUGAUUUUAAACCGGCUGAAGGCACUUUGACAUUUCCACCAGGAAAUUCUGAGCAAAAAAUCAAAGUCGGAAUUGUUGACAAUGAUAUUUAUGAGGAUGAUGAGCAGUUUAUGGUGAGGCUCUCGCAAGUCCGCGCAUUCCGCGCGGAACAUUUUUCCGCAGUUCCGGCGCGUCUUGGUCCUGCCGCAACUGCCACAGUCAUUAUUGUCGAUGACGAUCACGCGGGAUGUUUUGGAUUCGCUUCGGAGAAAUUCAAGUGUGUUGAGAGUUGCGGGAGUUAUGUGGCGGAAGUUGUGCGAAGUCGCGGAGCGCGCGGUGAGGUUUCGAUACCUUAUAAGACUGUGGAUGGGACCGCCAAGAGUCCUGGGGAUUAUGAGCAUAAGGAGGGCGUGUUGAAGUUUGCGGAUGAGCAGAGCAAGUGAGUUGGAGCGGGGGGGGGGAGGGGGUUACUGUAGGAGUACUGUAGUUUUGAAUAUUCUGAGCUACAGUACUCCUAGAAUAUAAAAUCAAAAAUUUGAAAUUUUUUUUGAAAAAAAAAAUUCACUGUUUCAAAAUUUGUAUGAUUAUUUUUGAAAUCAGACAUGGUUUAAUUCGUAGUAAAGAAAUAUGGGUUACUGUAGAUCAGGAGUACUGUAGUCCAGAACUAUCCAAAAAUGAUGAGGUACAGUACUCUACAGUACUCCUAGAAUAACCUAUUUGAAAUUUUUUUUGAGGAAAAAAAUUUACUGUUUCAAAAUUUGUAUGAUUAUUUUUGGAAUCAGACAUAAUUUGAUGCAUAUUGAAUAACUAUGGGUUACUGUAGAUAAGGAGUACUGUAGUCAGGAAAAUUCGAGAAACUUCGAACUACAGUACUCUACAGUACUCCUAGAAAAUUAUAUUAAUUUUUUGCAGAGCCGAAAUCUACAUUCCCAUCAUCAAUGACGAUGAAUACGAGAAAAACGAGGAAUUUUUCAUCGAACUCGGCGAGCCAAUUUGGCAUGCUGAAAUUGCUGAAAAUGACGAGGGUUUUGAUGGAAAACCGAUUUUGGGUGAGUUUUUUUGAAAAAAAAGUUGGGCAGCAUGGGGAGUCGAACCCGAGUUGUGCGAACCAUAGGCGCGUGCUUAUACCACUUGGCCACGCGCUCGUUUUUUUCUCCACGCGAAAUUGUCGUAUUUAAAUGGGAUGCUUUUCAGGAUUCGCCAAAUGCAAAGUUGUCAUCACUGAAGAUAGAGAUUUCAAGAAUUUUGUGGAUAAAGUUUUGGUGACUGCAAAUACAUCGAUUAUGGUUGGAACAUCGAGUUGGAAACAACAAUUUACAGAGGCAAUGACUAUUGAAGCGGAAGAUGAAGAUGGAGAAGUUACGCUGAAAGGUAGGGCUUUUUUUUUUUGAGUCUAAAUAUGCCUGGGAAAAAAUUUACUGUUUCAAAAUUUCCUCAAGUUUUUAUUGGUUUUUUGGGAAAUGCUUGUGUUCAAUUGCAAAAUAAAUAAAAUUCAAAUGUAUUCGGAAAAUAUUGGGAUUUGACUGAAAUUUUUGAGAAAUUCAGAAAGUUUUUUUUUUAAUUUCAUAAAGUCACUCAAAUUGUUCUCCAAAAAUUUAUAGAAUUUUGGAAACAGUGAAAAUUAUUUUUGAAAAAAAAAAUAAAUUUUUGGAUUUUUUUCAAAACGAAAAAUUCUCUGUUUUAAAAUUUUAUCAAAGUUUUCCUUUUUUUUUGAAAAAUGAUGAAUCAUUAUUCUCUGAAAGCCAUAAAAUUCAAAUUUAGUCUGAAAAUGCUGGAAAUUUUGAAAAAUUCAGAAAAUUUGGGGUUUUUUGAGUGUAAAUAUGGCUGGGAUGAGAUUUUUAAGAAACAUUUUAAUUUUUCCGAUUUAAAAAAUUUACUGUUUCAAAUGAAAUAAUUAAUAAGAAUAAUUACAAUUGAAUCAAUUUGGCAAACUCAUUGUUAACCAAAAAUGUGUGGAAUUUUUUCAAAAAUUAUUUUUUCACUGUUUCAAAAUUUUUAUAAUUGUUUCGGACAGUUGGAUAAAUGCUUUUUGAGCGACUAACAUUCAAAAAACUCCAAAUUUUCUGAAUUUUUCAAAAAAUUUGAGUAGAAUUUCGAUAUUUUCAUACAAAAAAUGAGUGCCGGUUAUUCUUGAAAGAAUUAUGUUAAAAUUGCAAGUUCAAAAUUAUAUGGAAUUUUUGAAACAGUAAAUUUUUUCAAAAAAAUUCAAAACAUUUCUAGCCAAAUUUAAACUCAAAAAACUGCAAAUUUUCUGAAUUUUUCAAAAUUUGGAGUAGAAUUUCGAUAUUUUCAGACAAAAAAAUGAGUGCCGGUUAUUCCUGAAAGAAUUAUGUUAAAAUUUUUAUGAAAUUUUUGAAACAGUAAAUUUUUUAUAGGCAAAAAUGUUUUUCCUAGCCAAGUUUACACUCAAAAAAUUGCAAAUUUUCUGAAUUUUUCAGAAAUUCCAGUAAUAUUCCAAUAUUUUCAGACAAAAUUUGAGUUUCAGACACUUUUCCAAGAUUUAACUAAUGAAUUCUUGAAAUUAGUAUGAAAAAUUCAUAUGCAAUUUUUGAAACAGUAAAUUUUUUUGAUUUGAAAAAUUUUAUUCCUAGUCAAAUUUACACUCGAAAAAAUUCAAAUUUUCUGAAUUUUUCAAAAAUUUAAGCCAAAUUCCGCUAUUUUCGAAUGAAAUUUGAGUUUCAAUAAUAUUUUUUCAUGUCAACAUUCAAAAAUAGUAAAUUUAAAAUUUACAAAAUUUUUGAAACAGUAAAUUUUUUUCAUUUGAAAAAAUUAAUUCCCAGUCAUAUUUAUACUCAAAAAACUCCAAAUUUUCUGAAUUUUUCAAAAUUUCCAUCCAAAUUUCAAUAUUUUCAGAUAAAAUUUGAGCUUCAGGCAAAUUUAUACCAGCUCCGAAUCCAGUUCCAACUCUUAAAAAUAAUAUGAAAAAUUAUAUGAAAUUUUUGAAACAGUAAAUUUUUUUGAUUUGAAAAAUUUUAUUCCUAGUCAUAUUUACACUCAAAAAUUGCAAAUUUUCUGAAUUUUUCAAAAUUUGGAGUAGAAUUUCGAUAUUUUCAGACAAAAAAAUGAGUGCCGGUUAUUCCUGAAAGAAUUAUGUUAAAAUUUUUAUGAAAUUUUUGAAACAGUAAAUUUUUUAUAGGCAAAUUUACACUCAAAAAACUGCGAAUUUUCUGAAUUUUUCAAAAAUUCCAGCCAAAUUCCAAAUUUCAGACAAAAUCUUCCACUACAUUUCGCUCCCCUGGAAACUUCUAUUCGCUCUAAUUCCACCAACCGAUUAUUACAAUGGCUGGUUGUGUUUUGUGGUCGCCAUUUUCAUGAUUGGUGUGCUGACUGCUUUUAUUGGUGAUUUGGCGUCGGCUUUUGGGUGUACUGUUGGAUUGAAGGAUUCGGUGACUGCGUUAACUUUGGUUGCCAUGGGAACUUCUUUGCCAGGUUAGUUGGGGGCCAGAGAAUGCGAAAAUCGGGUUUUUCAUGAAAUUUUUAGUCGGGAAAGUGGAAAUUCCCGGGUGUUUGAGCUGGUAAAGAUUUCUAGGCAUUGCUCAGGUUAGGAGGUUCAUUUUUGAAUUAAAUUCUGGAAGAGCAACCAUUGCUCAGAUUAUAGAGAAAUUCAAAAGUUAGUUUUUUUCUGAUAAAAAUUCACUGUUUCAACAUGAAAAAUUGAAGAACAAUUUUUUCUCAAAAAAAUUACCAUCUGCAAACAUUUUUUUAGCUCAAAAAAAAUUCACUGUUUUAAAAUUAUUCCAAAAGUUUGGGUUUGAAUUGAAAUUCUUGUUCGAGUAUAUGUAAAUGGUGCCAGGAAUUAAUUUUGAAGUUGAAUUUUGAAAAAAAAACUGAUUUGUGAACUUUUUUGGAGAUGACAAGAUGAUGAUGAGAUGAUGAUUUUUGGAGACAUUGCUCAGGUUAUACUGUAAUUUUUUCAAAAAAAUGUUCUUUUUCACUGAAAAUAAUUCACUGUUUCAAAAAUUUAUCAAAAUAUUAUUUAAAAGUUUUCUGAAUUCUGAAUUUAGAAAAAAAUUAACUGAAAAAUGUUUCAAAAAAACUGUUUCAAAAAAAAAAUUUAAAAAAUUUUUGAAACAAAUUUCUCCUUCUAAAAAAAAUUCACUGUUUCAAAAUUUCUAUUCUCUGAAUUUCGAAUAUGAAAUUAUUAUACUAUGCGAAUUUCGUCUCAAAAAUAAGCAAAGAGCAAAAAAAAUCCAAAUUUAAAUAUUUCGGGAAAAAUUCAUUGUUUCAACAAAAAUGAGCAAGACAUAUUUUUGAUGAUUUGAUAUUCAAAUUAAAUUGAAGAAUUUCACGAAAAAUCCAACUUUUCAAAUAAAAAGUACUAUAGAAAAAUUCACUGUUUCAAAAAUUCAUGAAAUAAAUUGUCAAUUAAUUAUUUUUGAUUCCAUUAUGUUUCAAACUUAUCUGAAAAUUUAGCCAACUUGUUUCCGCACAAAAAUUUCACUGUUUCAAAAUUUUUAGAAAAUGAAAUGUUUCCAGAAACUUGAUUCGUUUAUUUUUAGGGCAUGAAAAAAUUCACUAUUUCGAAGUUUUCAUUUUUGAAUUAGAAGAUUUGAAAUUUUGAUGAAUAAGCUUCUCAGUUUUCAAAAAAAUUCACUGUUUCAAAAUUAUUCAAAAAGUUUGGUUUUUAAUUGAAAUUUUUGUUUGAUUAUAGAAUUAGGGACAGAAAUUAAUUUUAAAGUUAAAUUUUGAAAAAAAAACUGAUUUGUGAUUUAUUUGGAGAUUUUCUGACUUGAAAAAUGUUUUCAGACAUUGCUCAGAUUAUACUGUAAUUUUUUUCGAAAAACAUUUUUUUUUCACUGAAAAUAAUUCACUGUUUCAAAAAAUUAUCAAAAUAUUGAAUUGUACAUUCAGAAUGAUGAAUAAGGACUGAAUUCUGAUUUUAGAAAAAAACCACUGAAAAAUUCACUGUUUCAAAAUUUCUAUUUUCUCAGUUUCGAAUAUGAAAUUAUGUUGCUAUAUUAAAUCCAACUUCUCAAAAAAAAUACUAUAGAAAAAUUCACUGUUUCAAAAAUUCAUGAAAUAAAUUCUCAAUGAAUAAUUUUUGGUCCAGCUCGGUUCCAAAUAUAUUUUAAAAGUUAACCAACUUGUUUCCUUACAAAAUUUCACUGUUUCAAAAUUUUUAGAAAAUUAAAUUUUUCCAGUUACUUUUGAUUCACCAUUUGGUCACAAAAAAUUCACUGUUUCGAAGUUUUCAUUUUUGAAUUAGAAAAAUUCAAAUUUUGAUAACUAAGCUUUUUCAAUUAAAAAAAAUCACUGUUUCAAAAAAUCAUGAAAUAAAUUCUGAAUAACUGAUUUUUGUUGGAACUUUUAAAAUUUUUUGUUUGCAAAAUUUUAAAGCUCAAUUUUUCACGUAUCUUUUUACAAAAUCCCAAAAAAAAUCACUGUUUCAAAAAUUAAUGAAAUAAGUCCUCAAUAAAAUUUUUUUGAUUACGUAUGGCAAUUUUCCAAAUUCAAACUCAAAAAAAUUCACUGUUUCAAAAAUUUUUUGAAAAUAAAAUUUUCCAGGAACAUUUGAUACUUAUAACUUCAUUUUGACAUUCAAAAAACCGGAAAAAAUACGUGUCAAAAUUUUCAUUUGCUGAAUUUCAAAAAUUAAAGUUUUGAUUUUGAAAAUUUUGAUUUGUUAAAGUCUUCUGGCCAAAUAAAUUCUCAAAAAUAUUUUUUCUGGCUGAAAAAAAUCGUGAAAAAAUUCACUGUUUCAAAAUUUUUUGAAAAUAAAAUUUUCCAGGAACAUUUGAUUAUUAGUUCAUUUUACAUUACAAAAAUACCGGGAAAAUUACGUUUCAAAAUUUUCAUUUGUUAAAUUUCAAAAAUUAAAAUUUUGAUGAGCUUACUGUUUCAAAAAUUUCAUGAAAUUUUUUAUUUUUCACUGUUUCAAAAAUCUAUGAAAUAAAUUCUGAAUAACUGAUUUUUGAUGGAACUUUUAUAAUUUUUUGUUGCAAAAUUUUAAAGCUCAAUUUUUCGCGUAUCUUUUUACAAAAUCUCAAAAAAAAAUCACUGUUUCAAAAAUUAAUGAAAUAAGUCCUCAAUAGAAUUUUUUUGAUUACGUAUUGCAAUUUUCUAAAUUCAAACUCAUCCAAAAAAAUUUACUGUUUCAAAAUUUUUUGAAAAUAAAUUUUCCAGGAACAUUUGAUACUUACAACUUCAAUUUGACAUUCAAAAAACCGGGUAAAAUACGUUUCAAAAUUUUCAUUUGUUAAAUUUCAAAAAUUAAAAUUUUGAUUGGAUUUUUUAGUUUGAUUGGAAAAACUUAACCAUUGCUCAUAUUUGGAAAAAUUUGAUUUGUUAAAGUUUUCUGGCCAAAUGAAUUCCCAAAAAUAUUUUUUCUGGUUGAAAAAAAUCAAGAAAAAAUUCACUGUUUCAAAUUUUGUUUAAAAAUAAAAUUUUCCAGGAAAAUGUGAUAUGAUUUCAUUUGAAUGAAAAAAAUAUCGAUAAAUACAUUUCAAAAUUUUCAUUUGUGAAAUUUCAAAAAUUUAAAUUUUUGAUGAGCUGAAGUUUUUCAAUAAUUUACUGUUUCAAAAAAUUUCAAAAAAAAAAUUUUUUUUUUGUAAUUUUUUUUCGACAAAAAUUCACUGUUUCAAAAAAUAUAAUACAUUUAUUUGCAAAAUUUUAAAGCUCAAUCACUUCGUAAAAUAAACUCCCAAAAAAUCACUGUUUCAAAAAUUAAUGAAAAUAAGUCCUCAAUAAAAUUUUUUUGAUUACGUAUUGAGAUUUAUUAAUUCGAACUCAAAAAAAAUUUACUGUUUCAAAAUUUUAUGAAAAUAAAAUUUUCCAGAAACAUUUGAUACUUACAACUUCAAUUUGACAUUCAAAAAAACCGGGAAAAAUACGUUUCAAAAUUAACUUUUUUUUUAAUUUCAAAAAUUAAAAUUUUGAUGAGCAAAAGUUAAAACUUUGCUUAAAAUAACCUCACAAAAAAUCACUGUUUCAAAAAAUUUAUAAAUUUAUUUGCAAAAUUUUAAAGCUCAAUCACUUCGUAAAAUAAACUCCCAAAAAAUAACUGUUUCAAAAAUUAAUGAAAUAAUAAAAUUAUUUUAAUUCCGUAGUUCAAAUAUUUUCUAAAAAAAAUUCAUUGUUUCAAAAUUUUAUGAAAAUAAAAUUUUCCAGGAACAUUUGAUACUUACAACUUCAAUUUGACAUUCAAAAAAAACCGGGAAAAAUACGUUUCAAAAUUUUAAUUUAUUGAAUUUCAAAAAUUAAAAUUUUGAUGAGCUGAAGUUUUUUGAAACUUUUUCUCAAAAUUACCUCACAAAAAUUCACUGUUUCAAAAAUUUCAUAAAAUAUUUUAUUUUGUAUUUUUUUUUUCCAACAAAAAUUCACUGUUUCAAAAUUUUUAUAAAUUCUCAAAACAAAGUUUUCUAGCUCAAAAUUCCACGUAGAUCUCGAAUUUCCCGCCAGUAUUCCAAAAUUCCCCCGAUUUUCAGACACAUUUGCCUCCCGAACCGCAGCAGUUCAAGAUCAAUGGGCAGAUUCAUCGAUCGGAAAUGUGACUGGCUCAAAUGCGGUCAAUGUUUUCUUGGGAAUCGGAAUCGCUUGGGCAAUUGCGGCGAUUGUUCAUGCGUGGAGAGGAACAAAAUUUAUGUAAGAAAAAAUUUUAUUUUUUAAUUUCAGGUUACAGUAACCUUUUUUUAAGAAAAAUCCGGAAAUUUGGCAUUUUUUCCAGGUUUUUUGAUGAAUUUUGAUCAAAGUUAGGAUUACUGUAGAUUUAUAGGGACUUACAGUAACCCAUAUUUUUCUAAACUGAAAAUUGAAUUUCAAGCUACAGUAAUCCAGUGGGUACUGUAGUCUGAACUUUUUUUUGGGUUUUUGAUGAAUUUUGAUUAUGGAAAUUAGGGUUACUGUAGAUUUAUAGUGACUUACAGUAAUCCAGAUUUUGAAAAUUGAAUUAUAGGCUACAGUAACCCGGGAUUACUGUAGAAUUUCGAGAUUUAUCGAAAAGAUUUCGAAAUUUGAAAAUAUAAAUUUUGAAACAUAUUUUUCCUUCUGGAGUACUGUAGAAAUUGUGGGUUACUGUACUCUACAGUACCCGAAUCUACAGUACCCCUACAGUACUCCUAAAUAUUUCCAUCCUUCAAAAUGCUCCAAAUUUUCCCGCGCGCAAAAAACUACAGUACCCUCUUCUACCGUACUCCUUUUCAGUUUUUUUUCAGCAAAGGUAAAUUGAGCUACAGUAAUCCAGGGUUACUGUAGUCAACAUUUUUCGAGUCGAAUAUUUUGAAACCUAUUUUGUCCUGGCUGAAAAAUUCUGGAGUACUGUAGAGAUGUGGGUUACUGUAGGGUCUACAGUACCUCUACAGUAACCCAAUUUGAAGUACUGUAGCUUUUUAAAUCCUUUAGCAACCUUACAGUAAUCAUAAGAACCUUCAAAAUGCUCCAAAUUUUCGCGCGAAAAAAACUACAGUACCCUCUCCUACAGUACUCCUACAGUAACCCACUCAUUUUUCAGUGUUCCGACCGGUUCCUUGGGCUUCUCUGUGCUGAUGUUCCUAAUCGGCUCCACAAUCUGUGUGGCUCUCCUCCAAUAUCGUCGUUUCAAUCGAAAAAUCAACGGCGAACUCGGCGGCGUCCGAAAUUGGCGUCUAAUUUCGGCCGCAAUUUUCGCCGGCGUCUGGAUUUCAUACGUCAUUUUGAGCACACUAGAAGCCUAUUGUAUUAUUCAAGGUUUUUGA